AUGUCCGACUACUACAUGCCCCGCGACGGCGCGCAGGGCAUCAAGCGCGAGUCGACUUGGCGGCCCAAAUCCCAGCCCUCGCGUCCGGCAAACGCAUGGGCCGACUCUCCGGGACCAAGCGGACCGACCAGGAAGGGCGAGUACUACGAACCGCCGCGGCAUGACGAGCGCUCGCGCGAGCGUGCACCUGCACAAAGCGAAAGAGACAAGGGCAAAGAGCCAGAAGACCGGGAAGAGCGAGGGGGUGGAGGAAGGAGGACAAUAGAUCUUGGGAAGAUUAUCGCCGACGACGGCGUAGUCCCGAGCGCAGGUGGGAGCGCGAUGACCACCGCGCCGACAGGUGGCGCUCAGACGACCGGCGAGACCGCGACCGCUCGCGCGAACGUGAGCGCGAAGAACCUCCUCGCCGCUGGGGACGGUCGCCCGAGCGCGACCGACGCUCACCUUCCCCGCCACCACGGAGACGCAACAGGUCACCUGCUUCCAGGAUGCCCGGCGGGCGUGCCUCGCCUGACUAUGGUGUUGGAAGGAGAGCCAGCGACUCGGAAGACCGACGUUCACGCUCGCCCUCCCCGCCUCCGCGCCGAGGGUCUCCCACUCCACGCGGACGCUCACCAUCCACUCCCAAGAGGCGUAUCGCCUCUCCAUCCUUACCAGAUUCCAAACGUCCGCGUGGGAGCUCGCGCGCCAGGUCGCCCUCCCCGAAGCGGCCUAGGUCGCGAGACCGUUCGCUCUCCCGCAGUCCCAGCCCGCGAAGGAGCCCAGUACGCAACGGCCGCGACCCAUCCGCGUAGGCGGGACGGGGAUCCUGUCAAGAUGCGUGUGUGGGGACGGCCGCAGACGGCAUCACCACCACGCGACCCCAGCCCGCGUCGGAGUCGCUCGCGAUCCAGGUCGCGCUCGCCACCUAGAGAGGAGGUGCCGCGGCCCGUCAGGCCAAGACAUGACCCCCAGCCGGGCGACGCUCUGCCGUACGACACAACGCCGGAUCGGGAUACGCCGACGAAUGGGGAGGCUGCCCAUCCUGUCCGCGGAGCCAUGCGUGAUUGGAAGCCUGCACCGACCGGUCCAGCUGCCCAGCGUAACGGCAUGAAGGAGGGGCCCGCCAAGGUCCCGACCCAAGAGGACGUCCCCGAGGUCGACAUGGAGCUCGAUGACGAGCCGCCACCGCCGAUGCCGAAGCGCUCGGACAAGUGGAGCCCAGUCAAGCGCUCACCACCUGUGCGCUUUGUGCCCCCGUUGCCGCCCAGUGCGUCCACAGUGUCGGGACAACAAUCACCCGCCUCGCUCCCACCCCCGUCUGGUCCACCCGCCACAGGGCCCGGGUCGUUCGCCACUCGGCCGGCGUUUGUGCCUCGAGUCCCACCACCUGGGCCCGUCUCCGUCACAUCAGCACCCUCCUCUGCGCCUUCCGGUCCAGCUUCAGGCCCCGGCACUCCCCGCGCCGAGACAUUCCUCAACCGCCUUGCGGACAAACAACAACAGUAUGACAAGCACCUAUCCACCAUUGCGCCGUACAUUUCCACCGCCUUCGGGCAAUGGUACGCGAAGAAUGCGACACCACCGCUGCACCAGUUUCUUAUCCACCAUUUUGGGAGGCAGCCGUCAUCGAUCGAGAUGGACCAGAUCCACCAGCUCCUCCGCAUGCGCUCGCAGUUGUCGAAAGAUCAACAAGACCUCACUGCUCUGCACGCCCAGGCUGUGCGCGGUGAGAAGGCGACCCCCGCGCCGCCGCCUGAUGCACCGGUCGGUCCGCGCGCCACACGCGAACGCGACCAGGUUAGAGUGGGAGGACUGCCUGCAGGUGCAGGACCUUCGCCCCCUCUGGGACUCCCGCCGUUUCCUGUACUGGUUCCCGCAGCUCGGAAGGCACCCAAGCCUCGGCCGAAGCCUGUGGUCGCUCCUAGACCCCCUAGGCCCCGUGCGGUCGCGGGCGAGAGAUACGAGCGGCUCUCACAGGUCGGCGAGGGCACAUACGGCAAGGUGUACAAGGCGCGGAACACAGGCAGCGGCGCUCUCGUUGCACUCAAGCGGAUCAGAAUGGAGCAGGAGCGCGACGGGUUUCCUGUCACAUCGAUGCGCGAGAUCAAGUUACUCCAAGCGUUAGACCACCCCAACAUCGUGCGGCUCAUGGAGAUGAUGGUGUCACACAACUCCGUUUACAUGGUGCUCGAGUACAUGAACCACGACCUGACGGGCAUCUUAUCGCACCCUGAGGUCAAGCUCUCGCCGGCCAACGUCAAGUCGCUCAAUUACCAGAUGCUCUCUGGCCUAGGAUACCUGCAUCGGCGCGGCAUCCUGCACCGGGACAUGAAGGGUUCAAACAUCCUUCUGAACGGAGAGGGAGAGCUAAAACUCGCCGACUUUGGCCUCGCGCGCUGGUACCACAAGCACAAGCGGGAUGACUACACGAACCGCGUCAUCACGCUGUGGUACCGUAGUCCCGAGCUGCUGAUGGGCGAAACGGCAUACGGGCCAGAGGUGGAUACGUGGAGUGCGGGGUGCAUCAUGCUCGAGAUCUUCACAGGCAAGCCGACGUUCCAGGGACAGGACGAGAUCAGCCAGCUCGACGCGAUCUGGGCUAUCCUGGGAACUCCGCGCGAGAGCGACUGGCCGAGCGUCGCCGAGUUGCCAUGGUACGAGCUCGUGCGACCUCGCGAGGCUCUGCCGUCAAGAUUUGCCGAAAAGUUCUCCUCCUUGUCGGCGGGCGCGAUGGAGGUCGUGCGGGGACUGCUGGAGCUCAACCCUGCCAAGAGGCUGUUGGCCGACGACGCGCUCGACGCCGUGUACUUUACCACUGAGGCGCCAGAGAUGGAGCAGCCCACACAACUUGCGACGUGUGGGGAACAUCACGAGAUGACGGUCAAGAUGCACCGCCGGCGCGAGAAGUAG